CAUACAUGUCAUGCAUUUGUGUUUUUCCUUGAUGUGUGUAUGCGUUUUUUGUUCUGUGGAGCACGUGUGUGUAGAUCUUUUUCAAAGGGGGGAGGGGUCUGCCCACAUGGUGAUUAACUAUUCAUAAGGUGGGCGGGGAUAAGUCAAAGUAGGAGGUGGCAGACGGGGGAAUCUGUGUUUGCUGUGCGUGAGGGAGGCAGAAAGAGAGAGGGAACAUCAGAGACAGUUAGUAAGGGCUUGAGGUAAGGAUGCACAGAGGCACAACAGCCCCCAGAAGACACGUCAUUAAGGAACUACACACAUGUUUUGCUUCUUGAUGGCACAGGCUGUAAGCCACAGUGACCUACUCCUCUAGUCAAAGGAUUUUAAAGCAAGCAAACAGCCAGCACAAAUAAAUGAGGAAUCUACUCUAAUAGAGAUGACAGGCCAGCUCACUCUUACCAGUUACGGAGACCUUCUUGCCUAAGAGGUCUUAGACGUCUCUGCCAUCAUCAACCUUGAAAUUGGCCAAAUUUCCAACCAUUUUGUGUCAUACAGCGCAUCUAAAAGUGUGCAAGUAAAUCAGUAGGGACCUGGGACGGGAGGGGUCAGCCAAUUGGAGGAGAGAGAUGUGGACGCAGGAGAGGUGGGCGGCACUGGCAGUGUUGUCAAUAAUCAUGCUGCUGUCAAAGGUGGCGGCUCCAAUCGAAGUCCCACUGGACCCAAAGAUCCAGCAAGAGCUCAAACAGCCCCCCACCAUUGUGAAGCAGUCACUAAAGGACUACAUUGUGGACCCCAGAGAUAACAUCAUCAUUGAAUGCGAGGCCAAGGGGACUCCAGUGCCAACGUUUCAGUGGCGGAGGAAUGGGAAGUUCUUUAACGUGGGGAAGGACCCACGGGUGACCAUGCGGAGUCGUUCCGGAACACUGGAGAUCAGAAGCAGCGGGAAACCGGAAGAUUAUGAAGGAGAGUACCAGUGCUUCGCCUCCAAUGACUUUGGCACGGCGAUUUCCAACAAAAUCCUACUACGAGUGUCAAAAUCUCCGCUGUGGCCGAAGGAGGUUCUGGAGCCAGUGGUUGUGCGUGAGGGGGAAUCACUCGUCCUGCCCUGCAAACCUCCUCCUGGUCUCCCCCCUCCUGAAACCUUCUGGAUGGACAGCUCCAUUAUGCCCAUAAUACAGGACAAGAGGGUGUCAAUGGGCUUGAACGGUGACUUGUUCUUCUCCAAUGUUCUGGCUAGAGAUGCCAACACUGACUACAGCUGCAAUGCUCGCUUCGAGUUCACACACACCAUUCAACAGAAGAACCCCUUCACCCUUAAAGUGCUAGCAAAGGAACCUUAUAAUGACACGUUUCUCAGCUCCACUGAUCUGUAUGGUGCACGUAAUGUACCAGAAACCCAGCCCACCUUUCUGUCUCCAAAGGGCUUGUCCAGCUCCAAAAUAGUGCUUCGAGGGGAACAGCUUCUUCUGGAGUGUAUAGCAGCUGGAGUCCCAUCUCCUAACAUUGAUUGGAUUAAAAAAGGAGCAGACCUCCCAUCGAAAAAAGUCAAGAUUGAGAACUUCGGUAAAACUUUACGCCUCCUCAAUGUGUCUGAGGAGGACUCUGGUGACUACGUCUGCAUGGCCAGCAACAAAAUAGGCAGCAUUCGCCAUUCCAUUGAAGUCCAGGUCAAAGCUGCUCCCUAUUGGCUAGAUAAGCCCACCAAUCUGGUGCUUGCCCCUGAUGAGAAUGGACGAUUAGUGUGUCGUGCCAGAGGGAACCCUAAACCCACUAUCCAAUGGCUGGUGAAUGGGGAACCUAUUGAAAGUUCACUGCCAAACCCAAACCGGCAAGUUCUUGGUGACACAAUCCUGUUCCAUUCAGUCCAGAUAGGCAGCAGCGCAGUUCACCAAUGCAACGCCUCAAAUGAACAUGGUUAUCUAUUGGCCAAUGCGUUUGUCAACAUCCUGGACAUGGCACCACGGAUGCUAGGUCCAAAGAACCAGCUGAUCAAAGUCAUUGAAAACAACAGGACCUUCCUUGACUGCCCUUUCUUUGGCUCACCGUUCCCUAUACUGCGCUGGUUCAAGAAUGGCCUAGGCAGUGGUCUGGAUGGUGGUCAGUACAAGUUGUACCACAACGGUACUUUGGAGAUUAAACAAGCCCGGCCAGAAGACCAAGGCACCUACACUUGUGUUGCCAGUAACAUUCUGGGCAAGAUGGAGAAUCAGGUGCGCCUGGAGGUUAAAGAGCCCACAAGAAUAGUGCGGGCACCUGAACAUGUCACACAGGCCAAAGGAACCACGGUUCGCUUUGAUUGUCGAGUUAAACAUGAUCCUUCCCUUCUUGCUACGGUCACAUGGCUAAAAGAUGACAAGCCUCUAAGCUUUAACUGGAUUGGCCGGUUCAGAAAGGAUGGUGAGACCUUAAGUAUUUACAAUGUCAAUCCAGAAGAUGCAGGUACCUACACAUGCACUGCCAAAACUGAGAUAGAUGAGAACUCUGCCUCAGCUCGCCUUACAGUUACAGAGGAUGACAUCUCGUCUGCCUCAAAUCGUAGUGCCUUUGCAGGUCGACCCGACCCCCCUCAGGAUCUUGAGCUCUCGGACCCUUCAGCACGUAGCGUUAGACUCACCUGGGUGCCUGGGAAUGAAAACAACAGUCCUGUUACACAUUUCCUUGUCCAGUUUGAAGAGGACAGGUGGGAGCCUGGGAAGUGGCAAAACCUGUCUAUAUUUGAUGGCAACCUAAACUCAGUUAACCUGCAACUGUCACCCUUUGUCAACUACCAGUUCAGAGUGAUUGCAAUCAAUGCUGUGGGCCAGAGUCAACCCAGCCUUCCCUCUGCCCGCUAUCAGACCAGCGGAGCCUCUCCUGAUGUUGUGCCGAGUGGUCUUAAAGGCUGGGGAAGCAAGAAGAACAACAUGGAGAUCACAUGGCAGGCACUUAAGAACACAGAAAGGAAUGGGCCAAACCUGCGAUACAUGGUCUCAUGGAGAAGGAAGGACACUGAGGAAGAGUGGAAUAACACAACCACAACCAGAACGAAGCACAUUAUUCAUAAUACAGACACCUAUGUCCCGUAUGAGAUCAAAAUAAAUGCCAUCAAUGAUUUUGGACACAGCCCUGAGUCAAACAUAGUCAUUGGUUAUUCUGGGGAAGACAAACCAUCCGCUGCACCAACAGAACUCAGGGUGUCGAAGAUCAACAGCACCAAAGUAAAUGUACACUGGGUGCCUGUGGACCCCAGCACUGUGAACGGAGAGUUUAAAGAGUACAAGUUGUACUACUGGCGGGAGGCCAGCCUCAUGAAGGGCCUGAAAGUGAACAAGACAAAGUUGCAUAAAGGCUUCUUCACCACGGCAGAACAGCCCUCUGGCAUCCUGACAGAGCUUUUUCCGUAUAGCAAAUACAAGAUAUACAUGGUGGUGGCUAAUAGAGAAUAUGAGGGACCACAAAGCAACACUGUGGAGUUCUACACCAAGGAGGGAGAGCCAGGGGCUCCAAAGUACUUUAGGAUUCAGAGGCACACAGACGUGGUUCACCUGAAGUGGGACAAGCCUCUAGAGCCGAACGGUGUCCUGAUAGGAUACACACUUCAAUACCACACAGUGAAUGGGACACAGGCGGGAGAGAGGAAGGUCCAGAGUUUUCCAGCCAACGUGACAGAGUACCUCAUGAAUCUGCCUAACCGCUUCACACGGUUCAAGUUCUACCUUGCAGCUCGCACACAGGUCGGAGCAGGAGAAGUGUACGCUGUGGAGUCACCACAUUUCACUAAUGAAGCCUACAAGGAGCAGGAAGACAUUGCUACUCAGGGCUGGUUCAUUGGGCUGAUGUGUGCCGUCGCUCUAUUGGUUCUCAUCCUGCUCAUUGUUUGUUUCAUCAAGAGGAGUCGUGGAGGAAAAUAUGCAGUGAGAGACAAGAAAGACCUCCCCUUAGAUCCUGUUGACCAUAAAGACCAAGAUGGUUCAUUCGAUUAUCACAGUGACGAAGACAACAAGCCAUUACAAGGCAGCCAAACAUCCCUAGACGGGAACGUAAAAGAGAGCGACGACAGUCUGGUGGAUUAUGGUGAAGGAGGAGACGGCCAGUUCAACGAGGACGGCUCUUUCAUAGGCCAGUACACAGUUAAGAAGGACAAAGAGGAGACGGAAGGAAACGAGAGCUCAGAAGCCACGUCACCCGUUAAUGCCAUCUACUCUCUAGCAUAGCACCCUAACCUGAGCACGGUGCCCCCAGCGGGCCGGAGGGUGCCACUACACACGUAAAAAUACAUAUAUAUACAUACAGAGAGAAUUACAAGUAUUCACAUACAACGCACUGGCGUGCAUGAUCCUUCUAAACAAGGGAUGGGGAAAGGCAGGUGAGCCAAAAACGGUGUUCAGAAACCUUUCUUUAAGGUAUCCCCAUGCCCCACACAGACUUUAGUGUGCCUUUAGGGCGACGGGGUGGACUUUUGAGCUUUUCAUGUGGCUUAUGCUCUUCUUUUUUAUUUUGUAAAUCUUUAAUCUGCCCCUUCCUCCUCCUCCUAACUGUAGCUAGCAUCAAAGAAACGGAGAUACAA